UAUCACACUGUCACUCAAAAAAUGUAACCUAAUUUAAAAAACUGAAUACCAUAGAGACUUUUUUUUUUCUAUUUUGGCCCUUUGUAAAACCCUAAUCCAAUAUAGCCAUUUCUUUUCUUUUUAUCAAUUCAUUCUAUUUUCUUUUACUGAUCAAUCCAUAUUUGCAGUGGAACAUAAACGUGCCAUUAUUACAAACUUGUCUUCUUCAAAAUGACAAAAGAGUUGGAAUUUUCACCUGAUGGUACGUAUGAAAAUGGGUUAGUAGAGGAUAAGGAGCAAUGUGCAGUGAGUGAAAAUAUUGAUGAGCUCAAGUUAUUGUAUUUAGGGAUUUUUUUAUAUUGUUUUUAUUAUUUAAUAAUUAAAAAAUAGAAACUAACAGAGGAUAGAUGGAAAUGUUAACGGAGGCGGGUCUUAGUAUAUUUGAUGAUUUCACAGGGGGAUAUUAGUGAAUAUUAAAAACUGAGGGGGGACUUAGUUAAUUAGAGCAUACUUCAGGGGGGUAUUAGUAAUUAUCCCUAACCUUUAAUGGAGAUAAUAUAAUUGUAACCGCUGCAAAACUGCUAUCUCCAAGAAGAAGAGAUAACCGUGGUCACUCUUGCUCUACACUCCGGAAUUACAGACCGGCGUGAUGACGGCGAAGGGGCAGUUGGACGGCUAACAGUGAGGUUGACUCCAGAAGUUGAUAUCAAAGAUUGACUUCAGAGGUUGAUUUGACUCUAGAGGGUGACUCCAGAAAUUGCUUUCAGAGGUUCACUCCAGAAGUUGACCAAGUAAUUCUCAGAAGAUUCCGAAGACCCAAGUCCAUUUUCAGAAGAAUAAGCUCAUAUUUAAGAUGGCCAUUAAACUGUAUUUUAAAUGACCCAAAAACCCAAAAUAUUUAUUGUCAGAAGAAUAAAGCUAAGGCACGUGUUUUUAAAGCAGAUAACCACAUUUGCAGAAGUGGGGAAGUACUGUGAGAACGUGUGCAGUUGAAGAUGACAAACAGUUAGUAGUUACCAAAAAUACUGAAGACUAUAAAUAAAGAAGAAGCAAGAAAUUUGAAGCCCCCGAUCAAUCAUCCAAAAAACACGCCCAAAGGCUAAACACCCAAACUCUCUACAAUUUCAAUUUUCUUCAAUCAGUAAAGAACUUUACGAUUGAAUUAUUGUAUUCUCUACACAAUCACUUGUACUUUCACUUUAUUCAAUUAGUAAACACAUUUACCAUUGAAUUUUGAUAUUUUCUAUUCAAGUUCUUAGCAUUAAUUGUUGGAGUACUUGUUAUAAUGUUAACCAAGCCCCAGUUGCUUGUUUUAAGAAGUUAAGUUAUAAUUUGGAAUCCGCUUCCUGGCACACCCGCAUUUUGCACCCACUUGUUGCUACGGUUGUUCAUCACAAACGCAAAACGCCAGCAACAAUUUUUGGCACGCCCAAUGGGACACUAAGAGUUAUGGCUAGAACUCGAAGUAUAAAAGGAAAAGAUGUUAUUGUAUCUCAGGAUGCAGUGGAUGAUUCUACCUCUCUAAAUGUAAGACAUGGAGACUAUGUGGCUCACAUGGUUAGAAACAUCGAGAAAGACAAUUUACAUCUCCAAGGAAAGGUGAGCGAUGAUAUACCAUCUGGUUUCGAAAAACAACAGACACCAACUCGGGAAAAUUUUGAGCCGAGAUUGGUGGAGACCUUAGACAUCUUAUCAAAGGCCAUGAUGGAGAUGAAACAAAGCCAGACCAUGAUAGAUAAGAAGCAGUUCGAUAUGGAAUGCUAUUUGGCAGAAUUAAUAGUUGCCGUCAAAUUAUCAUCCCAUGAUGGUGAUGUACCAGAGGCUGUUAACAGAGCCAAACAAGAUCCUAACCGACUCGGGGGGCAAGCCUCUGGAGGAGUUAAGGAGAUUGGAAGCACUAGUCAUGUAUCAAUCUCGAACUCGCCCUUUGACGAAAGGUACGUACCUCCUCAUAAAAGAGAUGAACUUGUUCAUUUUAACUUUUUUAAAAUUAAUAAUCAAACUAGCCGAAAUUCUAGGUCGUUUAAUGCAGGUGCUAAUCAUCCUCCCAAGUAUGAUCCAGAGGAGAGGAACCAACCUCUACCACACCAACCUGUAGCACGGCCACUUGACAUGGAGGCAGUGAGAGAGCCCGUCCAGGAGCUAUAUGGUCCGGGUUUGAGACAAAUAGACCGACCACAGUUUCACAAACCAUAUCCAGAUCAUAUUGACAGGAAAAAUCCUUAUCCUAGAGGAUAUAAAAUUCCUAUCUUCUCUUUAUUUUCUGGAGAGGAUGGCCACUCCGCUAUUGAGCACGUUGCUAAAUUUACCAUUCAAUGUGGGGUUCUGGCCAACCUUGAUAAUAUUGCUAAUUUCAAGUUACGAUUGUUUCCUAAUUCCUUAACAUGUACUGCUUUUACAUGGUAUGCCACCUUACCAAGGAACUCAGUGUUAACAUGGGCGGAGAUGGAAAGGUUGUUCCACACCCAGUUCUACCGUGUUGAGUCAGAUUUGUAUUACAGAAUUAUCUAG